AUGAAUUAUGAUUACAUGGGAGCAAUAAAAGUGAAGGAUGGAGUAUUUUUAGGGGAUUAAUUUGCAUCUUAAGUAUAUAUUUAGGAUUUAAUUAGGAUCUGGAAUUUAUUGUUACAAAUAAAGUAUCAAGGAUAAUGAAUUGUGCAUCAAAAUCUAUACCAAAUCAUUGGGAAUCAAUAGGAAUAGUUUAUAUGUCUUAUCCAUGGGCAGAUAAUGACCAAUAAGUAAUUUUUAAAAUUAUUUAGAUAAUUUUUUAAUCAGAUGAAAGUAUAAAUGCUGCAAUAAAAUUUAUUGAUGAUGCUUUGAUUAAUGGGGAGAGCAUUAUUGUUCUUUCUGCAAAAGGACACAAUAGAUCAGUGGCAGUUUUAUGUGUUUAUUUAAUGAAGAAAUAUAGAUGGACUCUUUAUAAAACAUUAUAAUAUAUGCAUAAUAGAAGACCAGNUACGUUCAAUUUUCCAAUUAAAAAAUUAGUUAUGUAAUGCUUCAGUAUAUAAAAUAAUUUUUAAGUUUGA